AUGGCGCCUUCGAAGCUCUUUGUCUUCGCUCUUUCUGUUGCUCUAAUUUUCGUCAUUGGUACUUUCAAAGCCGACGUUUCCAGCGAUGGUUCCAAUUCAUCUUCUCUCAAGGUACAAUUAGAUCAACUCAAUACCAAGAUCCAAUUUCUCGAUUCUCAAAUCAGUGAGAAGUCACAAGAAUUGAAGAAGAAGGAUGGGAUAAUAGCAGAGCAAGAAAAGCUUUUCAAUGAUAGGUCUAGUGUUAUUCAAUCGUUGCAUAAUACGGUUGCUUCUCUCCAGGCAUGUCUGAGCUUGACCUCCAUGUGUUUGAUGAAAAGCAGGAAUGACAUAGUGGUUGUUGUUGCUGCGUUUUCAUGGUUUAAGGAUUCACAGAGACUUAGAACUGGAAGAUCAUGA